CAGUCCGGUCCGUUCCGUUCUGACAAGUGUAUUUCUUUUUUUAAAUCAUUUUUUAUAAUCAUGUCAUUUGGCAUUUUUAAAUCAUCUCGUAGAGUGAUACAGUAAAACAACGUUAUCGCUUACUUGAUCGUUAUCACACAUUUUAUAUGUAUAAUUAAUACAUAAUUAAAUCCAAAUUUGAUUAAAUAUGCUUGCUGCAAGGACAAUUUUGAAUUUAUUUAGAGGAACGCAAAUUUCUCUAUUCCAAACAUAUGCUACAAAUACAAAAUUAGUCGAAAUUACAAAAGAUAACACAGAUAUUGCUAUAAUUUCAAUGGCACAUCCACCUGUAAAUAGUUUAAACAAAGAAUUAUUAAAUACUUUAAACAUGUCCUUAAUGGAUGUACAGAAAGAGAAAUAUCGAGGUAUUAUAUUAACAUCAUCAUUACCAAAUGUAUUUUCAGCAGGACUUGACAUAAAAGAAAUGUAUAAUCGGACUGAAAAACAACUAACUGAAUAUUGGCAAACAUUGCAGGAUACAUGGUUAACUUUAUAUAAUUUGAAGAUACCAGUAGCUGCUGCAAUCAAUGGCGCCUGUCCUGCUGGUGGAUGUUUAUUAGCAAUGUCCUGCGAAUACAGAGUUUUAGUUGAAGGAAAACAUACUAUAGGAUUAAAUGAAACACGAUUAGGAAUUAUUGCUCCUGAAUGGUUUAGAAGUCUUUAUGUUGACAUGAUAGGUUAUAGAAGAGCUGAAAUAGCACUGUUAAAAGGAACUCUGUUUCAUCCAACAGAAGCAUUGGAAAUUGGACUUGUAGACGAAUUAGCUUCUGAUAAAGCAAAUGCAAUCAAAAAGUGUAAAGAUUAUAUUGAAAGUUUUAAACUUAUACCGCGCAAAGGUAGACAAUCAACAAAAAUGGAAUUAAGAAAACGUAAUUCGCUAUGGUUAAAAGAAAACAGAGCCAUGGAUCUUAAUCAAUUUGUAACAUUUUCUCAGUUACCAGAGGUACAAGCUGGUCUAAAAUCAUAUAUCGAAAGUUUAAAGAAAAAGUAAAAAACUUUAA